AUGGCUGAGCAAAUUGCAAGGGGAAAUCAAUAUCAAUACACUGCAAAUUCAAAUCUUGUCCUUCAGGCCAAUAGAUCUGAAUUACCAAGAAGAGAUCAUGAACCUUCCGGCGAGCCGGAGUCGUUAUGGGGCAAAAUUAACCCAAAAGAUUUUGGUAGCCGAGCUCAAAGGAGUACUUUAAAUGAUAUACAAGCGAAAAAGAAAAAAGCCAAACAUGUUGCUGAGGUUGAAGAAAAGAAGAAACGUCGAAAAGAAGAAAGUGCAUUAAAAAAAGCAUAUGGUUAUUCCAAUGUACUAGCUGCAACAGAAUAUUUCGAUGAACAAUCUUAUAGACCAAGGACAAAGGAAACCCGGGAGACAUAUGAACUAAUAUUGGCAUUUGUUCACCAAAACCUUGGCGAUCAGGCUCAAGAUGUCAUUCGUAGUGCUGCAGAUGAUAUAUUAAAAAUACUGAAGAAUGAAAAUCUUAAAGAUUUUGAUAAAAAAAGAGAAAUUGAGUCUUUCAUCGGUACAAUUGCACCUGAUCGGUUUGCUCAGUUGGUUAAUCUAGGUAAAAAAAUAACAGAUUAUCAUACAGGAGAGACAAUGGAUCUCGAUAAAGAGGGAGAUCUUGCAGGAGAAAUUGAUGAUGAAUUAGGUGUUGCUGUAGUUUUUGAUGAAGAGGAAGAACAGGAAGAUGAAUACGGAACGUAUGAGGUUGAAUCAGGGGAAGAAGAGGAAGAUGAUGAAGGAGUAGAAGCAGAGACAAGUGGAGUGUUGGGCGUAGGGCAAGUUGAGGAUGAUGAAGACAAAGAGAUUGUCACAGAUGAAGAAAACGAAGGGUUUAAAACAGUUUUAGGACCUGAAAUAUCGAAAUCCAGAAAAAUUACCUCUGCACAGACAGAACAAAAAAUAUCACCACACGAUAUUGAUGCCUUUUGGCUUCAACGUUUGGUAGCUAAUUAUUAUUCAGAUCCACAUACAGCACAAGAAAAAACUUCAAGCACUAUGCAGAUUCUUGCAUCAGACGUAAAUACACGAGAUUGCGAAAAUGAGUUGAUGGCUUUAUUUGAAUAUGACAAAUUCGAUCUUGUAAAGAUAUUAACACGUAAUCGCGAGUUAAUUGUAUGGUGUACUAAGCUAGCUAGAGCUGGUACCGAUGGGGCGGAACGUCAAAAUAUUGAACGUGAAAUGCGUGAACAUGGACUAGAAUGGAUUUUGAGGGAUCUUGGUGGAGAAAGAAUCCGUCGUGGAGAAGGUGCCGCACGUAAAGGUGUUGUGGAGGAUGCAAUGGAAAUUGAUGAUAAACCUGCUUUGGCUCAUGGUCCGGUACCAGCUGCUGUCAAAGCUACGCUACCUCCUGGUACAACGGCAACACCGAAAGCAGUAAUAGACUUAGAAUCUUUAAUGUUUACUCAAGGUGGCCAUGUAAUGUCAAAUAAAACAUGUAAAUUGCCUGAGGGAUCAUUUAAAAGUACCAAAAAGGGUUAUGAAGAAAUUCAUGUCCCAGCACCAAAACCAAAACCACAUGCAGAAAAUGAAAGGCUCAUAUCAAUUGAAGAGCUUCCUCCGUGGGUACAUGGUGCCUUCAAAGGUGCAAGAAUCCUUAAUCGUAUACAAAGUAAAAUUUAUCCAGUUGCGUUUGAACAGGAUGAAAAUUUAUUAGUCUGUGCACCAACUGGUUCAGGAAAAACAAAUGUUGCCAUGCUGUGUAUUCUUAAUGAGAUGGAGAAAAAUCGUAAUGAAGAAACAGGUAUUAUUGAUACAGAUGCCUUUAAGAUCGUAUAUAUUGCUCCAAUGAAGGCUCUUGUACAAGAGAUGGUUGGCAACUUUUCUUCUCGAUUACAACAAUACGGUAUUAAGGUUUCUGAAUUAACUGGUGACCGUCAACUCACUAAACAGCAAAUUUCAGAAACACAGAUUAUAGUCACUACACCUGAAAAAUGGGAUGUUAUAACAAGAAAAGCAACCGAUAGAAGUUAUACAAAUCUUGUUAGGCUUAUUAUUAUUGAUGAAGUACAUUUGCUUCAUGACGAUCGAGGUCCUGUAAUAGAAAGCAUUGUAUCUCGUACUAUUCGCCACAUGGAGCAAACUCAAGAAAUGAUUAGAUUAGUGGGACUUUCAGCUACACUUCCUAAUUAUGGCGAUGUAGCUACAUUUUUACGUGUAGAUCCAAAGAAAGGCUUGUUCCAUUUCGACAGCUCAUUUCGUCCAUGUCCAUUAAAACAGGAAUUUAUUGGUGUCACAGAAAAGAAAGCAAUCAAACGGUUUCAAGUUAUGAACGAAGUUACCUAUCAAAAAGUCGUAGAACAAGCUGGAAAGAAUCAAGUAUUGAUAUUUGUUCAUUCAAGAAAAGAAACUGCAAAAACGGCAAAAACGAUUAAAGAUAUGGCAUUAGAAAAAGAUACACUUAGAUUAUUUCUUAAUCCUAGUUCAGCCAGUAGGGAAGUUUUACAAGAUGAGCUUCCAAGUAUAAAAGAUCCAAACCUUUACGAGUUGUUACCUUUCGGAUUCGCUAUACAUCAUGCGGGAAUGUCACGUACUGAUCGUACCACAGUUGAGGACUUGUUUGCUGACGGACAUAUUCAAGUUCUUGUGUCCACGGCAACAUUAGCUUGGGGUGUCAAUCUACCUGCACAUACAGUCAUUAUUAAAGGGACUCAGGUAUACUCACCUGAAAAAGGUCGUUGGGUAGAAUUAAGUCCUCAGGAUGUACUUCAAAUGUUAGGACGUGCUGGUCGUCCACAAUAUGAUACCUUUGGUGAAGGCAUAAUUAUAACAUCUCAUAAUGAGCUUCAAUAUUAUUUAUCUCUACUUAAUCAACAAUUACCAAUUGAAAGUCAGUUUGUCAGUAAAUUGGCUGACAACUUGAAUGCAGAAAUAGUUUUGGGUACUGUAAGAAACAGAGAUGAAGCAGUUCAGUGGUUAGGAUAUACAUAUUUAUAUGUUCGUAUGUUACGUAAUCCUACUCUUUAUGGUAUUUCAACAGACUAUUUGGAAGAAGACCCGUAUCUUGAACAAAAACGUGUAGACUUAAUUCAUUCAGCUGGCAUGUUGUUGGAUAAAUCUAAUUUGAUGAAGUAUGAUAAAAAGACUGGUAGAUUCCAGGUUACUGAAUUGGGCCGUAUUGCUUCACAUUUUUAUAUUACACACACUUCAAUGUCGACUUAUAACCAGCACUUGAAACCUAUGAUGGGUCAUAUUGAAUUAUUUCGUGUAUUCGCACUUUCUGAUGAAUUCAAGUAUAUUCCUGUUCGUGAGGAGGAAAAACUUGAACUAUCUAAAUUACUUGAACGUGUACCUAUACCUGUAAAAGAAGGCAUUGAAGAGCCAACUUCCAAAAUUAAUGUUCUUUUACAAGCUUACAUUUCACAACUUAAGCUUGACGGUUUUGCUCUUGUUUCUGAUAUGGUUUAUAUUACGCAGUCAGCAAGUAGAAUCCUUCGAGCAAUGUUUGAAAUAUGCCUUAAACGAGGUUGGUCUCAAUUAUCUAGAAGGGCUUUAGAUCUUUGUAAAAUGGUAGAAAGGCGUAUGUGGCUUUCGAUGUCACCAUUACGUCAAUUUAAACAAAUGCCCAUGGAAGUAGUUAAAAAAAUAGAAAAGAAGGAUUUUCCUUGGGAAAGAUACUUUGACUUGAAUCCACAAGAGAUUGGUGAACUUGUUGGAAUACCUAAAGUUGGAAAGUUGAUUCAUAAAUUUAUUCAUCAAUUUCCAAAAUUGGAGCUUGUUACUUACGUCCAACCAAUUACUAGAUCAUUACUACGAGUGGAACUUAAAAUUACUCCCGAUUUUAUGUGGGAUGAAAAAGUUCAUGGUACGGCCGAAGCUUUUUGGGUUGUAGUUGAAGACGUUGACGGGGAAGUUAUAUUAUACCACGAUUCAUUUAUACUCAAACAAAAAUACGCUGAAGAGGAUCAUGUUAUAACAUUUACUGUACCGCUUUUUGAGCCUCUUCCACCAAAUUAUUUUAUUUCCAUUAUCUCGGAUCGUUGGUUACAUUGUGAAACAAAAUUACCUAUGUCAUUUAGACAUUUAAUACUUCCAAAAAAGUAUCCACCACACACAGAGUUGCUUGAUAUGCAGCCUUUACCUGUAUCAGCAUUACGCAAUCGUGAAUAUGAAGCUGUAUAUAAUGGAUGGGUUGAUAAAUUUAACCCUAUUCAAACCCAGGUAUUCAAUGCUUUAUAUAACAUGAACGAUAAUGUCUUUGUUGGAGCUCCCACAGGAAGCGGUAAAACUGUUUGCGCUGAAUUCGCACUCCUUCGAUUAUGGUCUACUCCGAAUCACGGACGCUGUGUAUAUAUCGCGCCAUUUCAAGAAGUUGUUGAUCUUCAAGUUGCACAAUGGAGACAAAAAUUUGGUAAAAUUCAAGGUGGAAAAAACAUAGUGGCACUUACCGGUGAAACAAGUGCAGACCUUCGUUUACUUGAAAGUGGUGAUGUUAUUUUUGCUACACCAACACAAUGGGAUGUAAUGUCCCGUCGAUGGAAACAACGUAAAAACGUUCAAACCGUAGCAUUGUUCAUAGCAGAUGAAUUACAUCUGAUUGGCAGUGACGUUGGACCAACGUACGAAAUUAUUGUUUCAAGAAUGCGUUAUAUUGCUCAUCAAACAAAGAAUCCAAUUCGUAUUGUAUGUUUAAGUACCUCAUUAGCCAACGCUCAAGACCUCGGAGAGUGGAUCGGUUCUACCCCUCAUACCAUUUUUAAUUUUCAUCCUAGUGUUCGUCCUGUACCAUUAGAAAUUCAUAUCCAGAGUUACAGCAUUCCUCAUUUUGCUUCACUCAUGAUGGCUAUGGCUAAACCAACAUAUGUCGCCAUUACGAAUUAUUCGUCCGAUAGACCAGCAAUUGUAUUUGUACCAUCACGUAAGCAAUGUAGACUUACUGCCGUAGACUUACUCACUUUCUGUGCAGCUGAUGGAACAACGGAUCGUUUCCUUCAUGCACAUGCGAGUGAUAUUGAAGAUCAUUUGAAACAAAUAAAUGAUAAAGCUUUGGCUGAAACUCUACAACAUGGAGUUGGUUUUUAUCACGAAGCAUUGAGUAAACAAGAUAAACGAAUUGUAGAAGAAUUAUUUGAAAGUGGAGCAAUACAAGUUGUAGUAGCUUCACGUGACACAUGCUGGGGUAUAAAUUUGAGUUGUCAUAUGGUUAUUGUCAUGGGAACUCAAUUCUUUGAGGGUAAAGAGCAUAGAUAUGCUGAUUAUCCAAUAACUGAUGUUCUUCAAAUGAUGGGUAGGGCUUGUCGACCACAACAUGAUGAUACUGGUCGCUGUGUAUUGAUGUGUCAAGCAAUCAAAAAAGACUUUUAUAAAAAAUUCUUAUACGAAGCAUUACCCGUAGAGUCACAUUUGGAUCAUUUCUUACAUGAUCAUUUCAAUGCUGAAGUUGUCACGAAAACUAUUGAGAAUAAACAAGAUGCUGUCGAUUAUCUAACUUGGACAUUUUUAUAUCGUCGUAUGGUAGAAAAUCCGAAUUAUUAUGGUAUGCAAGGCUCUGAUCAUAGGCAUCUAUCAGAUCAUUUAUCCGAAUUAGUUGAAACAACUGUCAACGAUCUAUCAGCUUCAAAAUGUAUUGCUUUAGAAGACGAACUAGACGUAACACCACUUAAUUUAGGCAUGAUUGCUGCAUAUUAUAAUGUUAGUUACACUACCGUUGAGAUGUUUAGUAUGAGUUUGAAUGAAAAGACCAAACUCAAGGGGCUUUUAGAAAUCUUAUCGUCAGCGGCUGAAUUUGAAUCUAUUCCUGUUCGUCAUCAUGAAGAUACCGUUCUUAAAAAGAUAUAUGACCGACUACCAGUUAAACUUGGAAAUCCGAAAUUUAAUUCUCCGCAUAUUAAAACUAAUAUUUUACUACAAGCUCAUUUUUCAAGAACACAAUUACCACCAGAUUUGCAAUCUGAUCAAACAGCUGUGUUGGGUAAAGUUAUUCCUUUGAUUCAAUCAAUAGUUGACGUAAUAAGUUCCAGUGGAUGGUUAAAACCUGCAUUAGCUUCUAUGGAAUUAGCACAGAUGUGUGUUCAGGCUCUAUGGGAUAGUGAAUCACCAUUAAAACAAAUACCUUAUUUCAUGGCAGAUGUUAUUAAACGCUGUGAAGAAAGAGAAAUUGAUAAUGUUUUUGGCAUUAUGGAACUCGAAGACGAUGAACGAAAUGAGAUACUUCAAAUGGAUGGACGACAAUUAUAUGAAGUUGCUCGCUAUGUUAAUCGAUAUCCCAGUAUCGAUGUCAAGUUUGGUAUAAGGGACGAAGAUGAACUUGUUGCAGGUUCUCAAGGUGCUCUUGAUGUGAAACUUAUUCGUGAAGUUGAUGAAGAAGAUGAUGAAGUUGUAGGACCGGUAAUUGCUCCAUUUUUCCCUCAUAAAAAAGAUGAAGGAUGGUGGAUUGUUAUUGGUGACACGGAAAAGAAUUCAUUACUUGGCAUUAAACGUGUUACUUUAAACAAAUCUCUUAGUGUAAAACUAGAUUUCACAUGUCCAUCAGAAGCUGGUGAACAUUCAUUAAAAUUAUUCUUUAUGUCAGAUUCUUAUUCAGGAUGUGAUCAAGAAUUUGAUUUACCAAUCAAAGCACAAGAAGGAGCAGAAGAUAGUGAAGAAGAAGAUGAAGCAAUGGAAACUUAA